UUAUAGGUAGCAUCAAAAAUGGUCGGUCUUCGUAUAAAUAAGCAUGCUGUUAAAAUUUUACGGAAGUUCGGAUUGAAAUGCUAUGAACAAUUCAAUAGUGUGAGAGCAACAACGAUCCCAUGCACGCAGCAUUUUUCUUGCUAUUCAACAAAUCCGCAAUCACUGAUUAUGGAAAAUCUUUUCGAAUACAGAAAUCAUCAAUUCAUAUCUGAAAAAGCUCGCGAAUUCAUCGAUGAAAGUGUAAAAUUGAUGAAACCCAAAGAAGUUCAUAUUUGUGAUGGGUCAGAGGAAGAAGCUGAUCAGCUUAUUCGACAAAUGGUUAAAGAUGGAAUGCUGAAAAAACUGAGAGCGUACGAGAAUAACUUUAUUUGCAGAACAGAUCCGAGAGAUGUUGCUCGUGUAGAAAGUAAAACAUGGAUGGUAACAGCAGAAAAAUUUGACUCAGUAUGUCAUACAGCCGAGGGGGUAAAACCGAUUAUGGGUAAUUGGAUGUCACCUGAGCAGUUUAACAAUGAGAAAAACUUGCGAUUUCCAGGUUGCAUGAAUGGACGAACAAUGUAUGUGAUUCCGUUUUCCAUGGGUCCAGUUGGUGGACCAAUUUCAAAAAUUGGAAUACAGGUAACCGAUUCCAGUUAUGUUGUUCUUUGCAUGCGAAUUAUGACUCGUGUAACGCCGAAAGUAUGGGAAGUACUGGGAGAUAACAGUUUUGUAAAAUGUAUUCAUUCUGUCGGUGUUCCAGAACCAGUUAAAGAAAAAUUGGUAAACAAUUGGGCAUGUAAUCCGACGAGAACGAUUAUAGCACAUCGUCCGACACAGCGUGAAAUUUGGUCUUUUGGCUCCGGUUAUGGAGGUAAUUCGCUGCUUGGAAAGAAAUGUUUUGCAUUAAGGAUUGCUUCAAAUAUGGCUAAACAGGAAGGCUGGAUGGCAGAACACAUGUUGAUUAUGGGAGUAACACCACCGAAUGGUAAAGAACGCUUUCUUGCGGCUGCCUUUCCUUCAGCUUGCGGUAAAACCAAUCUCGCGAUGUUAGCACCAACUCUUCCGGGUUGGAAAGUACGAUGCAUCGGUGAUGACAUUGCAUGGAUGAAGUUUGGUAAUGAUGGUCGAUUAUACGGAAUAAAUCCAGAAGCGGGUUUUUUUGGGGUUGCACCAGGAACAUCGAAUAAAACUAAUCCGAUGGCUAUGGCAUCGUUCCAGAAAAAUAGCAUUUUCACAAAUGUGGCUGAAACUGCUGAUGGUGAAUACUUUUGGGAAGGAUUGGAAGGGGAAAUCAAGAAUCCAAAAAUUGAUAUAAUCAACUGGUUAGGCAACAAAUGGCACAUUGGUGAUGAAGGUCAAGCUGCACAUGCCAAUUCUCGAUUCACCUGUCCUGCCAGUCAGUGUCCAAUUAUUCAUCCAAAAUGGGAAGAACCUAGUGGUGUACCAAUUGAGGCAUUUAUUUUCGGUGGAAGAAGGCCCGAAGGUGUACCGCUGGUGUUUGAGUCAUUUUCGUGGCAGCAUGGAAUUUUUGUAGGUGCAUGCCUGAAGUCUGAAGCAACAGCUGCAGCUGAAUUUAAAGGAAAAGUAGUAAUGCAUGACCCGAUGGCGAUGCGACCCUUUAUGGGUUAUAAUUUUGGUAAAUAUCUCCAGCACUGGCUAAGUCUCAAUAAUGGCUUUCAUAAGGUCCCGAAAAUUUUCCAUGUUAAUUGGUUCCGUCGUGAUAAGAGUGGUAACUUCUUGUGGCCGGGAUAUGGCGAAAAUGUUCGAGUAAUUGAUUGGAUAAUUAGACGUCUGAAUGGUGAUGAGUCAAUUGGACAAAAAAGUGCUAUUGGUAUCGUACCUAAAGAAAAUUCGUUAAAUCUUGAAGGUCUUCAAAAUAUAAACAUAAAGGAAUUACUAAGCAUUCCGAAGCAGUAUUGGGUGGAAGAUAUUGAGGAAAUCAAGAAGUUUAUGGAAGAACAGGUCGGAUCAGAUUUGCCGCAGGAAAUUCAAAUCGAAAUGGCGGAACAAUUUAAAAGGAUUGCAGCGUUGUAAUUUAAUUGCGAAAACUAUACUUUAACACUGGUAAUCCGCUUUAUCCGCUUCCUCAGGAUCUAUUUUUCAAGAAAAAUGGUUAAUUUUAAAUCUGAUGACUAACAGUUUGUUUUCAAAAUUUGCAAUACUCAAAUUCAACUUUAUUCAUUGCAUUUUCUGAAGACGAUUUUCCGAGUUGGUUAUAUUUCAGUAAUUAAUUGGAAAGUUAGAAGAAAUAGUAGUCGCUGGAUCCUUUUUGUUAGAGCCUUUUCAAGCUUCUGAUUCAGGAAUUUCAGUUUCUCACAAAUCACUUAUACCUAACGAAUGUAUCAGUGAUAUAGCUCGUUUUCUUGGGAUAUCUUGGUUUGAUUGUUUUAACAAUCCACACUUAUUAAUUAAAGUGAACGUGUAGCCAUAUGACGUAAGCGAAUAAAAAAUCAAAUACCA